AUGGCGGACGAAGUGAAGGUUUUAUGGUGAACUAAAUCUACUAGCUAGAUCUCUGAAAUUUUUAUCUAAUAGCGCCAGAAUAACGUUAUUAAUCUGAAGGAUACUCAAAUAUUUCAGGUGAUUAAAUUAUUUGGCUUGGAGUUUGCAAAGAUUGGACAUAAAAGAUAAGCUAAAAGCCAUCAUAACAACAAACACAUGUAGUUCAAGUCUACAAGACAGAUCGUACUUCAGCUUAAAUAUAUCUAAGAUAAAAAUGGAUCUUAACAUUCAGAUGUUACAGGAUAUUCCAACAGCACGGGCAUUCAACAGCAUGCGCUCAGCCAGUGUGACGGAACUUUCCGCUCUAGACACCAAGGAGUUACGGCCUUUACUACCGUGUCUUGUUCGAAUGGCGCUUUGUUCCCCAGUAGAUCAAAGUCCCUCUUGGACCGAAGCAAGAAAGGGAAUCCAGAAGAUCCUCUCGGGAUUAGAAGUAGUUAAUUCUAUCGUCGCUCUGCUGUCUGUGGAUUUUAGCGUUCUCGAGCAAGACGCGUCGAAAGAGCAGGAACUACGAAGGAAAGUCGGAGGUGCUGGAGGAGCUUCGGUGCUUGUGGAGUCUUUACAAAAUGAACUGGCGCUUGAAUUUGAAAGGAGCGAACCGUCUCGAAGAUUAAGACUUAUUCUUAGUGAACUGUUGCGCAUAAUGAGCAAGAUAUCUUUAAAAGAAGAGUUUAUCCCAGAGAAAUCAGAGCUCUUCCAGUGCGAAGUAUUUCUGGAGGAAGUAUCAGAUGUAAUCUGCAUUGCACAAGCUGAACUCCCCUCACUACUCCCCUUAGAACAAGUAGCAGAGACACUGUUACGGGUGAAGUAUGGUCCUUGGUUGCUAUGCCGACUGGUUGCUAAUGUUCCUGACAAGUUUGAACAAGUUUGCUUUGCACUAAUUUCAAACGGUGAAGUCCAAGAUGACAGUAGUCUAGGAGGAAUGAUCAGAACACAAGCCUUAAGACAACUGUGUACCAUGAAUCCAGCUCAUGCUCUUGUCAUGCAGGCAGAAGCAACAAGACUCUGUUGCUUGCCAGGUUUAGCUGUUGCGCUGGCGCUGGACUUUGGCUCCGGUGCAAGAAGCAAUGACAGAAGUGGUGGUGACCUGAUAGCAUUUUUGAGUGGCUUAAUUUUGGGAGGUAAUCUAAAAGUACGAAACUGGUUUGCCGAAUUUGUUAAGAUUGGACAAAAGUCUUCUAGCUCCAUUUUACAUGCUUUAAGGAGCCAACUCUUAAAGGAAGUCUCGUCUCUUAUACCCAAAAGAAUGAAAAAGGAUGCCGUCAUUGUAACAGGAGACAGUGCUGGAGAAAGUACAGGUGGUGGGGAAACUCAUGAGGACAGAGAAACAAUGGAAAUUUUAGAAGCAAUGCAAAUGAGUACCGACUUUGAGAUUGUUGAAGAAGAAAAGCCACUAGCAGUUGUCCCCGAAGUUGAGACAUUUGAGUCAUUAGAAAUCAGUGAAGAUGACAUAAUUCAUGCAAGUGCACUACUGAGGUUAUACUGUGGGCUUAAGAAUCUGGCUGGGAUGAAGUUGACUCAUGAGGAGACGGAAGUGUUAUUGUCGCUUAUCACUUGUCAUGCCCCACCUACUGCCGCUGGUGUGAGAUUUGUUGUUAUUGGUUUGUGUACACUUUUGGCAUGUCCGCAGAUCAUCAGUACACCAGAACACGAGCAAAAGGCCAUUCACUUGAUCAAAUGGCUGUCGAAGGAAGAGUCACACUAUGAAACAGCCAGUGGAGUGCACGCAUCAUUUGGAGAGGUCCUGCUACUGAUUUCAAUCCAUUUCCAUAGCAACCAACUGGAGUCGAUUGCUGAACUUGUCUCAUCAAUUUUGUCGAUGAAAACAAAGGCUGGACCACUUAGUAGAGUGAAAUCACUCUUCACGCAGGAACUAUUCCCAGAAAAGGUUAUCACCAGCCAUGCUGUGACAGUUCCAGUCACUCCACAGUUGAACGGCAACAUGACAGGAUUUCUACCUAUCCACUGUAUUCAUCAGCUGCUUAAAUCUCGAGCCUUUACUAAGCAUUAUGUACCAGUUAAGAAUUGGGUCUACAGACAGUUAUGUACAUGUAUCACACCCCUCCACCCACUGGUGCCAGGACUUGUGGAGGUCUAUGUCAACUCCAUCAUCAACCCAAGUAGUAAAGCAUUUCAACAAGGUUUUACUGAAGCUGAAAUUCUGGCGAUAUUUAAGGGUACUGCAGACACAGACAGCACCUCCCUCAUCAGAAGGCCAUCAGUCUACAUGGGAAACGAUGGUGGAGAAGACAUGGAAUCUUCCUUAACUUCACGUCUCUUGAUGCUAUACUAUGUACUCCUCUACCAAGACUGUCUUCUCAACAAUAUGAAAGCUCUAGUCAAUUCUGAGGUCCAGCAAGAGUCGUACAGUACAGGUCUUCUAGCGCAUAUCCCAAUCAAGUACCUCGUACUACAAGCAAGAUCACGGCAGUCAGAAUUCCGAGGUCUUUAUGCUCCUCUUCUUCGCCUGCUCGUUACUCAUUAUCCACACCUUUGUCUUGUGGAUGAGUGGUUGAUCGAGGAAGAAAUGCAAGAUAAAUCUUACCUGCAGGGCGUGGCAAAACGGGGGGUUUCAGGUGUGCUCAAUGUGCGCUGUUCGCCUUUGAAGCUGAAAGAAGCUCUAUCAGUAGUCCACGAGAACCCUUCAAUGGCAAUGCUUAUCCUAACCAAACUUGUCAACAUUGAGCCCAGUAACCUCAUCCCUUACACUGACCCACUGGUGAAUGCUCUACCUUCGAUAGUACUACCCUCUGUUCCUAGACGAGUACAGAUGCUCUGCUGCGAACUCUGGUCUAAAAUAAGUACUGUUAUACCAAGGAAACUCUGGCUCGCUACUAUAAAUGUCUUGUGUCAAGAUGGUGGACCGUCCUCAUACACAGACGAAGAUCUGAUACGCGACCCUCUUACUGUACUCAGAUGUAGUCCGAGGAUUUUCAGAUGUCCACCAGUUUUCGAUAUUCUAGUACGCAUUCUUCGGGGAUACCUUGCUGCUUCGCGUACAAUGCUCAGCCAGCAUCUCCAAGCCAAUCCAGUCACUAAGCGAGCCUCUAGCAGUAAUUACAGCAGUACUAACUGCAACAUGGAACAGGAACGAGAAGAACUGAGGAUAGCUUUAGUUGCUGCACAGGAGAGUGCUGCAAUACAGCUAUUACUGGAGAUUUGUCUUCCUAGUAAACUGGAUAAACAGGAUGGGAACAGCAUGGAUGCAUGUUUACUUCGAGAGAUCCAGUGUCGUGUUUGUUCAUCCUUACAUCAGAUCUUCAUAGCUGAUCCUGCCAUAGCUAAGCUUGUUCACUUUCAGGGUUAUCCCUCCAAACUACUACCUGUCACAGUAGCAGGAGUACCAUCAAUGCACAUUUGUCUGGACUUCAUUCCUGAACUUGUUAACCAACCGCAAAUAGAAAAACAGCUGUUUGCUAUUCAACUAGCCUCGUACCUCUGCCUCCAGUACCCCCUCCCCAAGGCCAUGGGUGUGGCCAAGUAUGUACUCAGUCGCCUGUCAUCGCUAUUGGCUGCAUUACCAAGUAGCAAGAGGGCAUCAUUUUUCAUCCCCACCUUACCAGCCUUGGUCAGAUUUUGUCGAGCCUUCCCUCCUCUGCAUCCUGAGGCCACAUCUUUUUUGGUGCAGCUUGGUAAAGUGGCUGCGUCUCAUGCUAAAGUCACCACAAACUUUGUUAUUGGUUCCUAUGCAGGAUCCUACGACUCACUACUUGAGCGUCUUUCCCAAGGAAUAAAUUUGGGAGCAGAAAAUAUAGAUGUAACUACUGACCAUGAAGACCACGGCUUCACAGAUGACGCCAACUAUGAUCAAAUCGUAAAAACUUCAGAAAACAAAGACACAGAGGCCUCCAGUCAUUCACAAGACAUCAAACUUUGUGAACUAGUAGAAAAAACGUUUGCUGAGCUUGUUAGAAUAUCUGUGUUGAAACAGCAUGAAGUAUCCUCGUAAGUUCAGAGGACAAGGCUAAAAUCAGGAUCAGAGGGAGAAUAGUUGCGUAGAAGUUUGCACAACGUUACCUUGAUUAGCAGGAAACUCCUAAGGAGUGCAGACUGUUCAUAGGUUCACUACGCAGAAAACACAAGGGACAUAAAUUCACAGAUCAGACAAGUUCCUAUCCUCAGGAAAUCCUAGCCCCCUAUGCAGACACAUUAGGGUUGCCACCUUGUCAUGCAACAUUUAUCUCAAGAACAUUGAGUGACCAACCCCAAGGAUGUCUCUUCUGUUUGACAAGUAUUAAAUGUUUAACAGCUGAACCAAUAAAUGUUCAGUAAAUACAGCAUAGUUAAAGGAAAGAAAGGAUAAAAGGAUGAAAGAAAAGAAACUUAGAAAAAAGAAAAUAAACAUAAGAAGAAAAUAAAACUUGAUGUCAAGCUUGUCCUACCAUUAAAUUUAUUUACAAACCCUUGGUUUUGAAUUUGGAUAAAAAUAACAAAUUUCUCUAGUGAAUAUUGUUAAUUUGUACACAUAAUGUAUUUCUUAUUUCAAAGAUACUUAAACUUGAUUGGGACAUUCUGAAUAAAAAUUGCCUGGAUUUUAAAGGGGCUUUUGGCAGGAAAGAAUAGAUUGCUAGAACUUUUCCUGCCAAAAUGCAAAUUGUCCCUAGAUACAAGAAAUCAAGUCUACAGGGCCCAGUUGUACAAAGGGUGGAUAGCGCUAUCUCAUGGAUAAAUCCUUAUCCAGUGGAUAAGUUGAUGCUGUUAUCCAAUAAAUUUAUCCACUGGAUAAGAUUUAUCAGUC